UUUUUUUGGAUAAGAUAUCUAGCAACAAGUACACACAAACAUAUACUGUGUAAUGAAAAGUUCAUAACAUAGCCAGGAAGCAGCCAUGAAAACCCUGAUCACUUGUUCCUCUGAACCAUUUCUCUACCUUUCAAAGCCUUCUCCAUGGAAGCCCAAAAGCCCAAACCUCCACCCGACAACCAUGCUAAACCUAAAACAGCCCACAAGCAUACUCAAACCACAUGCCAGUGGCAAAGGUUUUACAGGUACUGCUCCUGCCACCAUAAAAGGAACAAACACUAGCAAAAAUUCCAACAAAACCAGCAACAAUGACGAUGAAGAAAUCCCACAAGUCGUGUUCAACAGAAUUGCAGUGAGAGUCUUGGCUUUUGUGGUGGUGCCUAUGGCCCUCGGCUUAGCAUUUUUGCACAUUUUUGGUGUGAUUAAGGAGCAGCAUCUGUGGAAUGUGCCAUUAUGGCUCCCUUUGCUGACAACCUUUCUGACUUUCGGGGCAUCAACGAUGGGCAUUGCCUAUGGAGCACUGUCUACAAGUUGGGACGAAGAGAGGAAAGGUUCAAUUCUUGGAUUUGAAGAGGCUCAAAAGAAUUGGGUUGAGAUGUGGAGGGAGGAGGAUAUGGGCGCAUGAGGUGAUCUCACGUGCCACUCACGCGCUUUACCUUCCUUUCAAUUGUGAAAUACUAGCUAGAGGAAUGCUACUCUUCAGUCAUUUAAAAUACAUCAUAUUAGCCCAUAUGAAAUUAGUUUGAAGAAUAAGAUUACUCUGCUAGUAAUAUUUUCAAGUAGGACCUAUGCGUAGUCAAAAUCAAAGGUAAAUAUAAUUUGAUUUUUUUUUUUUUUUUCUUAUUUUUGGGGUGCUGUAUGAGUGGAUCUUUUUCUUCUCAGCGAUAAGUAUGGGACCAUAAGCUAUCUUGAAGCAAAGAUGUUGUUAAUGAAUGUCUUUCUUGAGUGCA